AUUAUAAUCAACACUUCCUACUCAGCACAGUCCACCUAUGUCACUAUUUCUAAUACCCCUCGAUACAAGAUCAACAUGGCCGAUAUUUCGGCCACCGCGUACCUCGCGUAUAAAUAUGAUACGAACGUGUUCCUGUCGUGGAUGGACCAAACAUCUCAGAAAUGUGGCUGGAAAUCACGCCAAGCACAGAAAGUGAUCGCGUCAGAAGUCAAUACCGAUGUCAAUACCACCGUCAAGUCUGCACCACGACUUAAAGGUAAAGAACGAAAACUGGCAAAGCAAGCAGCAAAAGCAGAAGAGGCUAAGGCCUUUCAACAUACUCCUUCCAAAAGCACAGUUUCAACAGGUGAACUCGCCGAGCAGAUUGAACUUGUCGGCAAAGCUGUGACAAAGCAUAAAAUGGAGCCAAUGCCAUCCAAUGUACGAAGAGCCCUCCAACGUUGUAUCAAGGCGAGAGAGCGAUUUGCCAAAUGGUACAAGACCUCUAGCACCUGUCCUAGUGAAAAAUUAGAAUCACACGAUCAUUUCAUCACCAUAUUGAAGAAGGCGACCUGUUUAUUCCAAGGGGAAAAUGAUAGCAACCUGAUGCAAGCAGCAUCAAGCAGUGAGGCGAAUGAUAAGGAGAACCCUACAAUGACGAAUAUGUUCGAAUGUCUUGAGCUUGAGGACCUCCCUGAAGUAGAUGAACCCGACUCCCCAGAAGAUGGACGCGCUUUACCACCUCCCUCGACAAGAAAAACUAUCGAAUUUGAUCUUGAACCAUUGGAUGCCGAAUUAGACUUUGUCAUUUUCUCCCUUUUUGAAGACGUCAAUCGAACCCGCGCAGAGGCGCUGCGCAUAUUCCGUGGACUCAAGGCCGGUGAGAUCAGCCUUGUAAAAGCUACACUGUCCAUUGCCGUCACAUUCAACAUGAUACGCAAAGCAGAAGAAGAAGCCCUAAAGGUGGCUGAGGUGAUUGGCCCUCCUCCUAUCUUUAGUGAAGUUUGGUUAUCGGCAGGCACUUAUCCUGGCUUUGUCAACAAAUUGUCUCUUGACAGGCUUGUUCAGAAAAAAGGGGAAGUUACGGCUCACAUGGAGUCUUGGACGGCUUACGAGGAAUUUGUUCUUCUGCCGCUUGGAACGACAUUGUCCCACAUCACUCAGCGAUCCAAAUUCAUAAAAACGGGCAGAAGUGAUCUUAUGUACCCCUUCAUGUCUCUAUCCAUCAUGUACGAGGAUAUACCAGAGAAACUCGAAGAAGCCUGGACGCAAAAAGCUCUAGAGGAAGAUCGACUUAUCAAAUACUUCUAUCUCGAGAUGAGAUUCUUGGAAGAUCUCAAGAGCGGCUGUUACGAUCCCUAUGUCCCUUCUGAUCUUGAAAUGCCAGAACAUCAGAGAAUCUUGAGAAACUCCGGCAUACCCUUCCUCGACCUCUUCCACCAAGCCCUUCAGCCAAUGUGGAAAGACAACAAGGUCAGCUUCGAAUCCGCCUUCGCCGCCAGGGUGAUGCUUGACAUGCACGAGAUCUGCGGCACGCCGCCACACGAUUCGACCGAGCAGCCAAAAGAGGUCACCGCAUACGCCGAAAGAUACGGCUUUCCAAAAGAGAAUGACACGCCCGGGGGUUUAUUUGUGCGAGACCUAGAAGCACCCGACGGCAACAAUGACGAGGUCAGACACCUAUUGGCUCAGAUCUACAAAAGGUCAAGUAUGGAUCUAAUAGAUCCCCUCUGGCUAUGCGCGCGAGACGAGAUGGGGAAGAAGUCACGACAUAUCCAAACAUGCAUGAAAGAAGAAAACGACAUAGAAUUCCCGGAGACUCACCAUGGCGUCUGGCUACACACCUCCUCCAGGUUCCUCCUCGACAGAAACGUGCUGUUCGGCGGGACCGCGAUGGUGGACUUGGCGCUGAUGUCAGAGAUAGCCGAGAGGAAAAUCGCCGACCACCACUUCUCCAUCUUCUGCAUGGCACACAUCUACAACGCCGCGCGAAGACUCGGCGGGCUGGAAAUGUCGUGGGCGGAGAUGGACCGCGUCAUCGAGCUGCAGACAGAAACCCUUUUCGCGAACGACAUCCCCACGACGUCUCGAUCAGCCGCGACGCGGUUCAUGUACCGCACAGGCCUCACAUCAACCGACAACAUGAACCGCAACCUACUAGGAACCGACAAUAUGAACCGCACACUAAUAGGAACCGGGCCGCAACCCUGGCACUUCCAACCCGUACCCAUCUCCAGCGUAAUCCGGGAGUACUUCAAAGGCGAAAUCACCCUCCCACGCCUGGUGCACCAACUCGAAGCCUACGCAACCGAGCACGAGACCAAGAACUCCCGAUCGCCGACACCUACUCCCCCGAAAAAGAGUCAAGUAUCACUAACAGGGUCGCUGCAGCGCAUAGAGCGGUACCUCGACGCCGUCCUCCCGGACAUCCAAUUCGACUACCUCAACCUAACACGAACCUGCAACGCGCUCUUCGCGGCGUUGAAAGCCGAGCUAACGGCGGAGUUAGGAGCCCAGUAUGACUUCUCUCGCGACACCACGCCCCUGGUGUUCAUACCCGCCGAGCUGACGCUGGUGAUGCUGCUCGAGAACCAGCGCAUCGCGCGGCAGUACGAGGAGAUGGGCCGCCGGGCGAGGAAGAAGAAUGGUGAUAAUAGCCUACCUGUCGGGCCGCAGCUCAAGUAUGCGGCGGAGUUCCUGAGGAAGUUCUUGACCGGCGAGGGUCCUGUUGCCCCGCAUUAA